GGCGAUUCGCCACUUCGACUUCCCUUCCUUGUGGAGGGCGGGUGAAUGUCGCCAUGGCCGGCGAGCCUCCUCCAAUGGAGGAGAGACGGCGGCUGCAGGAGGAGCUGAGCGAGUUCGUGGAGAGUUGUUGCAGGACUCUGGAAGAGGUGACGACUUCUUUGGGUUGGAGCCUGGACGAGCUGGACGCCGGGGAGGCGGAGUCGGCGGAGGAUGAAGUUGUUAUAUGCCCUUAUGAUUCCAAUCAUCAUAUGCCUAGAUCAUCAUUAGCAAGGCACAUGGUGUCUUGUAGAUUGAGAAAACUGGGCUAUACCAAAGAAGAAGAGGAAAAAAUGUAUAACCCUGAAUUUUUCUAUGAGAAUGUGAACAUACCUUCAAUUACUUUGAAUAAGGAUUCACAAUUUCAGAUAAUUACACAAGCUAGAAAUGCAGUUGGGAAAGAUGGUGAUUGUUAUAAUCAAAGGAUUUAUUCUUCAUUGCCUAUUGAAGUUCCUCUGAAUCACAAGCGAGUUGUUUGUGAUCUAACGCAAGCUGAUCGUCUUGCCCUCUAUGAUUUUGUAAUUGAGGAGACAAAGAAAAAGCGCUCAGAUUCUCACAUUCUUGAAAAUGACAGUGAUCUCUUCGUCGACUUGGCUGCCAAAGUCAAUCAAGAUAAUAGUCGAAAAAGUCCCAAAUCAUACCUUGAAAUACUGGCAGAAGUGAGAGAUUAUAAAAGAAGACGGCAAUCCUACAGAGCUAAGAAUGUUCAUAUAACUAAGAAAUCAUAUACUGAGGUGAUAAGAGAUGUGAUAAAUGUACACAUGGAAGAACUCAGUAAUCACUGGCAAGAAGAGCAGAAGGCUGAAGAGGAUGCUGAGAAGAAUGAAGGUAGACGGUCUGCUUCAGCAGAUUCAAGGCAAUCUGGUGGAAGCUACUUGGAUGCUGAAUGUUCACGACAUAGAAGGAAUCGAAGUAGGAGCCCACAUAAACGGAAAAGAAAUAAGGACAAAGAUAACCGGGACUCAAGGAGAAGAAAGGAGAGGGAUGAGGAAAGACAUCAUAGUCAUAAAAGAAGAAAGCAGAAAGUCUGAAAGAAAGGAAGUAUUUAUGCAUCUAUAAAAUAUGCUUAUGCCAUGGUAACCAGCAUGCCAAUAUAUAUAGUUAUAAUUGCUUUGACUACAAGAAUAUGCUUCUAUGACCCACCUAGUGCUCAGAUUAUUAUUUUUUUAACAAAUAUUUAUAUUUCAAACUGAGUUCACUACUGUGCUAUACAACUUUGUUUUCCUUAUUUUAAUAGAUUAUUUCUGAUUACUGAUUGUGCUUCAUGUUUUUUGAUAAUUUGUAUACCAGAAAAUUAUUUAAUUAAAAACAAGUUAAACUACAAAAUAAUAUAUGAGCACAUUGUCUUAUAAAGAUUUAAACCUCCCAAGGCUAUAUAGUGCCUUGGAAACACCAUUUGCAUUCUCAUUGCUAACCUAGGGCUAGCAACUAUUACCACUAUACUGAUAAGUGGCAGUAGGGAAAGCCUACCUAAAUAUUUGUUAGAUAUGAAAGGGUCAUAUGCUAGAUGAAUGCAUUGGAUUUACAAGAAAUCAGUUUUAGAGAAUUAUGGCUUGAUCUCAAAAAACAAUGCAGUAUGAAAAUACCAAGUUACAGAAAAAUAAGUAUCAUUUGUAUCUGUGCAAAAUAAUAUUUAUUUCAAUAUUAAUGCAUGUAAGAAUAUAUUUAAAGAAUUAGAACUUAGGGAGUCAGACGGUAGCACAGUGGGCUAAGCACAGGUGGCGCAAAGCGCAAGGACUAGCUUAAGGAUCCUGGUUCGAGCCCCCAGCUUCCCACUUGCAGUGGGGUCACUUCACAGGCUGUGAAGCAGGUCUGCAGGUGUCUAUCCUACUCUCCCCCUCUGUCUUCCCCUCUUCCCCAUUUCUCUCUGUCCUAUCCAACAACAACGACAAUAUCAGUAACAACAAAAAUAAUAACAACAACAAUAAAAAAAGGCAACAAAAGAGAAAAUAAAUAAACAUUAAAAAAAGAAUCAGAACUUAUGCUGAACUCAAUAGUGGUGAUUAUUUGUGAAGUGAGAGGUAUAGCUAGAAGAGAUAAGAGCUAGUAGAAAUGGAUUGGAAGAGUGGUCAAAGGAAACUAGUCUUGUCUCUAUAUACGUGGAUUUUUUUUAAUGAAAAGGUAUUCAUGUUUUACAUGUUCAUUAGAAGUAUACUGUUUUGUUAUUUGUAAAUCAAUGUUAUUCAAAUAUUGUUUAUAUUAAAUAAAAUGUAUCCUUUUUUAAAGUGCACAUUUCAAGAGACCAGGCAGUGCACAUGCUACCAUAUGCAGAAACCUGGAUUCAAGCUGCUAGUCCCCACCUGAAAGGGGGAAGCUUCACAAAUGGUUAUGCAGUGGUGCAGGUCUCUCUCUCUUCCUGUCUUCCUCUUCCCCCCUGAUUUCCCUGUCUCUAAUAAAUAAAAUAUUACAUAAGUGUA